CAGUCGCCCAGACUUGUUUGGCAUCUCAACUCAAUCACAACAACAGCAACGCUACAGAUAGUAAAAUGGGAAAUUUUUCAUUGGCUUUUGCGGUUUUAAUGCUGAGCACAUUGGCAAUCUCGCAGGCGGCUGUCUACAUUGGUGGCGGAUGUUAUGACUGUAAUCCACCCGGUGGUCAAGCGCCUGGCGUUUACUCAGCCAACGGCGGAGGUGGUGGUGGCAGAGGAGGUGGUGGUAACGGCGGCGGACGUCCGGUUUACUCUGGCAACUUUGGACCAAAUGGCUACAGCGGAGGUGGCGGUCGCGGUGGUGGCGGUGGCGGUGGCUUUGGAGGCGGUGGCAAUGGCGGUGGCUACGGAGGCGGUGGUGGCUACGAUGAUGGCGGUCUGACGCAAAUCAUAAGCGGUUAAGCGGCCAUUAAACAAUAAUGCAACAGACAUGAUUAUCAGGUCGCAUUCGGUCUGCAUUGCAAUAGAUUGCGUAUACGCCGUGUUGUGCUCGAACUUUUACAAUUAAAACAGAAAACAGCAAAAAUUUAUUAAAUGGCUUCCGUGACGUUCAUCGCUCAUCAGCAAAAAGAAUAAAAUACUGGCAAAGUUUGUUGAAUAAACAAAUAAACUAUACUGACUGUGUGACGCCACACAGAAGCAGCUAUAGCUAUAGCUAUAGCUAUACAUACGUACAUAAUUGUGGUUUCCAUAGUAAUCGUGCAGCUAUAAAGUAAUUUUAACUCA